AUGGAGUGCUCAUCCAGUCGGAUCCACGUGCUGGAGCGAGAGGUGCAGGCCUUGCGAAACUAUAUCGAAAUCCUCGAAAAUCGAGAUCAGGGGAUAAAUCUCCAAAUUGUCAGGCUCCCUGAAACUGAGGAAGGUGAGCAGCCAGCAUCGGUAGCUUACUACUGCCAAGAAAAAUACUUCCACCAUGCGUUGACCGCUGCGAAUGAAGGAUUGAUGAUGUGCUGCAAUGAGCCUGUGCUGAUUUUCUUCAAAGCUUUCACGAAUUUAAUGGAAGGCCAAACCCAAGAAACCAUCAGACUCCUUGAGACAAUUAAGGACAACCAAAACAUAUCACUGUGCUCAAUCAUUGCCCUCAUUUAUGCACACAGAAGAAGCUCAAUAAUUGAUCACGAUGCCAUUCACGAACUUGACAGAAAGCUCAGGGAAUGUGAGAAAUCGGCAGGUGAAAAAGCUUUGUAUUAUGCCAGCAUGUUCCUGUUCCUUGUGAAUCGGUAUCAGGAAGCUCGUGAACACACUAACAGGAUACUGAAAAUUUUCAGUGGGUCAAAGGAGACAUUAAUACUGAAAGGAUGGAUUGAACUAACAGACAACAACAAUGGGAAUGUAAAGAAGGCCAUCAGUUACCUAGAGGAAGGACUUUGCGAUUUGAAAGAUAUAUUUGGAUUGAUGGGAAAGGUCUGCUACUUUCAGAAGGAACAGAAUUUCCUGAGCGCCCUGGAAACCGUCAACCAGAUUAUUGCCACCACUCCCACAUUUAUGCCAGCUCUCAUUCUGAAGAUGAAACUGUUCUUGGCCCAGAACAACUGGGAUCAAACUUUAGAAACUGCACAAAGAAUUAUGCUGAAGGAUGGCACCAACAUAGAUGCAUUGCUAAUCUUGUGUCUUCAUGCGCUUUGUAAAGAAGGAGAUCAGACUGAGGCUGAAAAUUAUGUGAAACAGCUCAAUAGUGCCUUGGAGAAAAAGGAACCUCAGAAUCCAAAACUUUACCAACGUGUAGCUGUUUUAAUAAGCAGAAUGUGUGGCAGGAACCAGACUGUUCUGGAUCAGACGUACAAUCUGGUGGAGCGUUCACUAUACCUGGCUCCCAUGGAUGCAGAGAUUGCAACAGAGCUGGGUUUCCAAUUAUUUCUCCAGGAUAAACUGCAGGAUGCAGUGAAACAGUACACAGAUGCAAUGAAGCUGAGUGAAACCAACAUGCCUGCACUGACAGGUGUGAUUCAGGUGGAGAUUUUGCUUGGGCAUUUAGAAGAUGCAGAACAACAGCUGGAACUCCUCAAAGAAGUGCAAGGGGUAAUCGGAACAUCUGCGGAGCUGACUUAUCUUCAGGCAGUGCUAGCUAUAGCUAAAGGGGAAGAACCAAAGGUGAUCAUCAAGUUUCUGAAUCAGGCUGUAGACAUUCACUUCAGUUCAUUUGAGGACCUUCCUCUUGGUUUGGAGUACUAUGAGAAACUCAACCCUGAAUUCGUGCUUGACAUUGUCAAGAAACUUUUGGCCCUCUGUCCAGAUCAGUCCACUCUGCAAGGCCAACCCCUUUCUCCUCUGCUGAGACAAUCUGCAUUGAUACUGGAGCCACUGGUUAAGGCAGCCCCUGGGAUUAAGGAACUUCUAUAUAUUGUGGCCAAAAUUAGGUACAUGUCAGGUAACUUGGACACUGCUCAGGCCACAUUACAGCAAUAUCUCCAACUGUUCCCCAGUUAUGCUGAUGGCCACCUAUUCAUGGCUCAGAUAUACCUGGCCCAAUGCAAUUUCAAAGAAUGUUCGCAUUCUUUAGAAAUGGGCCUCAGCUACAACUUCCAGGUCAGAGAUCACCCUGUCUACCACCUGAUCAAAGCCAGAGCCUUGAAGCAGAUGGGCAAGGUCACAGAAGCCAUAACAACGCUGAAAGUGGCAAUCGGCCUUCUGGGGGUGAGACGAGGCCAGACCAGAAAAGGGAGCUGGGCAACAGCCAACAUCAGCAUGAGUGAACGUGCCUCUGUGUAUCUGGAACUGGCAGAUGCUCAUCACUUAAAUGGUGAACAGCACCAAGCUGCCAAGGUGUUGCAAGAUGCAAUCCAUGAAUUUGCUGGGACGCCGGAAGAAACUCGAAUCACCAUCGCCAAUGUUGAUUUGGCUCUGAGCCAGGAUGAUGUAGAAACAGCAUUCAGCAUGCUCAGGAGCAUUCUUCCCGAGCAGCCAUAUUACAUCGAAGCCCAAAAGAAACUGGCUGAGAUCUACCUGCACAAACAGAAGGACCAAAAGCUCUAUAUCAGAUGCUACAAAGACUUGCAUGAACAGUUCCCGAAUACACAGAUAAGCCUUCUUCUUGGUGAUGCGUAUAUAGCUGUCCAGGAGCCAGAGAAAGCAAUAGAGGUAUAUGAACAGGUCCUGAAGAAAAACCCUCACGAUGGGCAUUUGGUGAGAAAGAUAGGUCAAGCAUUAGUUAAAACUCAUCAUUACACCAAGGCCAUUCAUUAUUUCGAAACUGCACUAAAAAUAGGUGGACAGGACUUCUUGUGUUAUGACUUGGCAGAACUCCUUCUGAAACUGAGGCUGUUCGAUAAAGCAAAGAAAGUGCUGAGAAAGGCCCUUGAACAUGAUUUCAAAAAUGAUUUAGCCACCAUGAUGAAUGAUGUGAAAUACUUGAUGCUUUUGGCCAAGAUCUGCAAGGAGACUAAUGAAGUUGAGGAAGCAAUGACUGCUUUAACCAAGGCUUACAAUUUACAAGGACGGUUACUGAAACGCCUGAUGAUGGAGCACUUAGACAUCAUUCCAGCUGAAAAACAGCUGGCCGGCUCCAUCUGUGCUGAGAUAGCACAUAUAUCCGUGGAUCUGCAAGACUAUGACAAGGCAAUCUGCUUCUAUAAAGAAGGGCUGGGCUUUGUGGAAAAUGACCCAAAGCUGAUGAUAGAGCUUGCUCAAUUAUACCUAGCCAAAGAGGACAGUGAUAUGUGUGAGCAUCUGUGUAUCAAGCUACUGAAGAAUGUACAAAACAACAAUGAUGUUAACAUGAUGAUGGCAGAUCUCAUGUUUUCAAAGCAAGAAUAUGAACAUGCUAUAUUUUAUUACCGUCAACUACUGCAGAGAUCACCAGACAACUUCUUGGUCUUAAGCAAGUUAAUUAUGCUGUUCAGAACAACAGGCAAACUUGAUAAAGCUCCAGUGUUUUUGGAGUUAGCAGAAAGAACAUCAACAAGGACGAUUGUGGAGCCUGGGUUCAACUACUGCAGAGGCCUCUAUCUCUGGUAUAUUGGGCAACCAAACGGAGCACUGAAACACUUUAACAAAGCACGCAAGGACAGCGAAUGGGGACAAAGAUCCAUUUACAACAUGAUCCAGAUUUGCCUUAACCCUGACAAUGAGAUUGUAGGAAGCAACCUGUUUGAAACCCUGGAUGAAGAAUUCAGUGGAGAGUCCAUCGAAAAGAAGGAGACUGAUCAACUUGCAGUAAGGACAGCAGAGAAACUACUGAAAGAGUACCAUCCUCAAACACAGGAAGAACAGGAGCAACGGAUAUUGCUGCAGAACAGCUGCCUGAUGGCCACGAAUGAUCGUUCCAAAGUGGAGAAGGCCCUUGAUGUGUUCACAGAAAUGGCUUCAGUCAAGAAGGACCAUGUGCCUUCACUCCUGGCUGUGGCUCAAGCGUGUAUGGUCUUAAAGCUGAUUCCUCGAGCCAGGAACCAGCUGAAAAGAAUAACAAAAAUAAACUGGAAUUUGAAGGAUGCCGAGGAGUUUGAGAAGAGCUGGCUUCUGCUGGCUGAUAUUUACAUUAAAACAGGAAAGUAUGACCUUGCAACAGAGUUGCUGAAACGUUGCAUACAGUACAAUCAGUCUUGUUGUAAGGCAUAUGAAUACCAGGGGCUUAUCAUGGAGAAGGAGCAGUCUUACAUGGAUGCAGUUACAAACUACAAAUUAGCAUGGAAGUGCAACAAUGAGGCAAAUCCAGCUAUCGGUUACAAACUCGCAUUCAAUUACUUGAAAGCCAAAAUGUACAUGCAUGCAAUCGACAUUUGUCAUAAGGUGCUGAAAAAUCACCCAACUUAUCCAAAGAUUCGAAAGGAGGUUUUCGAAAAGGCUAGAGCAUCCAUUAAGCAAUGA